GGCGAAUUUAUUGGCGCGUGAGACAGCUAAAGCGCGGUUUUCAAAUUCAAAUCCAAUCCAAAACUUCAUUAAAACCCUUUCUUCUCUGUUCUUUCACUAUUCAUUGUGAUUGUGAUUCAAUUAAUCGAAAUCAGAAAUGGGGGAUCUUGAAAAAAUGGGAAGAGAACUCAAAUGUCCAAUCUGUCUGGGUUUACUUCAUUCCGCAGUUUCACUCACCUGCAAUCAUCUUUUCUGCAACUCUUGUAUAUUUAAGUCUAUGAAAUCUGCUUCUUCUUGUCCUGUUUGUAAAAUUCCCUUCACUCGUCGAGAGGUUCGUCCUGCUCCUCACAUUGACAACUUGGUCACCAUCUACAAAAACAUGGAAGCUGCUUCCGGCAUCAAUUUAUUCGGUACUCAAAAUCCAACUGCUACCAAAUCACCAGAUGAUGAAAUGCAAGGUGGAGGUGAUGCUGAGUCUGGUGAGAAGGGAAUUGGAGGCACUCAUGAAAAUCAUGCUGAGGAGGAAAAAACACCCACAAGAAAGAGGUCCAGGAAGAAACUUAAGACAAGCACAAUAAGCUCGGAGAAGCUAAAGACUAGCAGGAAAAGUCCGGCUUCUAACCGUGCAAAGCCUUCUUUUCCGGCUAAGAAAAGGGUUCAGGUUCCACAAGACAUUCUUUCGGAAACUCCACUAAGGAAUUUGAAGACAGGAGGCUCUAUUACUCAAGUUAACAAAGAGGGAACACAAGAGGCUUCAAUUAAGAGAAAUGUAAGUGCAAUUGGAAGUGAAAAAAGGGAUCAGGUGAAAGAACCAUUCUUUUGGUUAAGAGAGGAGCAAGAUGGUGAAAGGUUAAGUGCACAAACUGACGAGGAUCAAAUUAUUGAAGGUCCAACACCAAUUCCUCCUUCAUUCAGUGACCUCAAAGACGCUGAUGAUGAAAGCCCUUUAAAACAAGCUCCAUCAGAUGAGGUGCAAAAUAAACCAUCUGUUGAUUUAUUUGAUAGCGAGUUUUUUGAAUGGACGCAAAAGCCAUGCUCCCCUGAAUUAUUUUCAAGUCCCAUCAAAACGCAGGUGCAGGUUGAAGAUACUGAUGAAAUUGAUGAAAAUAUAGAGGAAUGGGUGGCGGCGUUGCAAGAGAAACAAACAAGUGUUGAUGCUUGUAAUACCAACUUUGAGAAUCCCAAUGGUAAUCAAUUGGCUGAAGCGUUGCUACCAGGCUUGUCCUCUGAAAUUAGAAGUUCUGAUGAUCUAAAUGGAAAAAAGAAUUCUACAAAGAGAAGCAGGAAGGCUAGAGAAAAAUCUAGGCAAGACCAUAUUAGGGAACUAAAUUGUCUGAGUGAUGAAAUUAAUAUGGAUGCAGAUAUAACAUCAAAAGUCAUUGAGGAGCAAUCAUUGGACUACAAGCACAAAGCCUCUAACCUGAAAAAGUCUAAUAAAAGGGGGAAGAAGGUUUCUUUUGUUACUAGUACAGAAUCAACACCUCCAAUUGCUUGUACAGUCUCCAAUAUAUUAGGAGUUCAAAACAUUGGUGAUAGGAAGACAGCUAAGAAUUCAUAUACAUCAGAAUCUAAACAAGAUAAUGAGAUGCAAUUUCCUGAGAAGAUUGCUGGAAAAAGGCAGGUAAGAAGAUCUGGAAAACAAAGGCUGGAUGUUGUGGAUGACCCACCUGAGGAUUUAACUUCAGUGCAAAACCAAUGCAAAGAGCUUGCUGGAUCUGCUUCAUCCAGUUUAAGACUGCAAAUGGAUAGUAAUAGAAACACUGUCAAUACUAGAAAAAGAAAAAGCAGUUUGUCAAGAAAAUCCACGCCUUCUGUUACAGAAAGGAAGAGUACUAAAAAGUCAAAACUUUCCCCUGAAUUCAUCUCUAGGACUAAAAAUGGUGAGGAAAUUAAGCCUACUGGAAGUACCAAUCCAGGUACUGAUGUCAGGCCUUUGAAUGAUUCAUCCAAAGAGAAACACUGUAGUUUGACGGAUCAACCGGUUUUAAGGAAAUGUGUGAGCCAUGCCAAAGAGUAUCAAUGUGCUUUCUGUCUCUCGUCAGAAGAAUCAGAGGCUUCUGGUCCAAUGGUGCACUAUUUUGAUGAAAAACCUGUAACUGCUGAUUUUGAAGGAGGACCUAAAGUCAUACAUUGUCACAGGAAUUGCACAGAAUGGGCCCCAAAUGUGUAUUUUGAAGAUGAUAAUGCAAUAAAUCUUGAAGCAGAAAUAAGUAGAAGCCGGAGAAUCAAAUGUGGUUUUUGUGGACUUAAAGGAGCUGCACUCGGUUGCUUUGAGAAAAGUUGUCGCAGGAGCUUUCAUGUUCCUUGUGCUAAGUGGACUCCUGAGUGUCGAUGGGAUAUGGAAAAUUUUGUCAUGUUAUGCCCUCUCCAUGCUCCCUCCUUGUUGCCGUGUGAAAGUUCAGGAUCCCAACACAAUAGCAAAAAACAUACAGCGAAGAAGGUUAAAAUCUGUAGCCGCAAACAUGACACUACUAGCCAAAGUCAGAUUGCUCAUGGUUCUCACAAGAAAAUUGUGCUGUGCUGUUCAGCUCUGUCCGUGCAGGAGAAGGAAGUGGUUUCCGAAUUUGAAAGAGUGUCGAAGGUUACAGUUCUGAAAACUUGGGAUUCAGGUGUUACCCAUGUAAUAGCAUCAACAGAUGAAAAUGGGGCAUGCAGAAGGACUCUCAAAGUAUUGUUGGGUAUUCUGGAGGGAAAGUGGAUUCUCAGCAUUGAGUGGAUCAAAGCUUGCAUGAAAGAAACAAGACCUGUUGAUGAAGAGCGUUAUGAAGUUAAUGUCGACAUCCACGGAAUUAAGGAUGGUCCCCGUCUUGGAAGAUUAAGAGUAGUGAACAAGCAACCAAAGCUUUUUGAUGGCUACAAGUUCUAUUUCAUGGGCGAUUUUAUCCCUUCAUACAAGGGCUAUCUGCAAGACCUUGUGAUCGCUGCUGGAGGGAUAGUUCUGCACAGAAAACCAGUGUCAGCUGACCAAAAUGAAAUACUGCCUACUAUGAAUCAACACCGAACCCUCAUAAUCUAUAGUCUUGAGCUUCCUGCUAAAUCCAAUCCUUUGGAAAAGGAUGCAAUUUUUAGCCAAAGGCGAUGUGACGCAGAGGCUUUGGCAAGGCCUACUUGUUCAAAGGUUGCAAGCAAUACAUGGAUUCUGAAUUCAAUUGCUGGCUGCAAGCUGCAAAGCCUUGCUCAAUAAAGUUUAUAGGUCACUCACAUCCACAUGAUCCCAAAUCAGUGUUUUUCCUUUAUUUAUAAACAUAUAUGCAGAGACUUGCCAUAUACCUUUCUUAAGAGUGUAUUAUAAAUUUUGGGUUUUAACUUUUAAAAAUACAAUUGUUGUAAUUUUGAACUACUUUAUCCUCAGUUCUUAAUUUCUUUACUUAUGGUUUCUUAAAGCAUAGCUUAUUAUAUUAUUAUCCUUAAAAAACAACUCAUAUUUGUUUAGUUUA